UUAAAAACUUCUUCAGAGUCAGUUUCAAAAAUGGAUCCCAAAGUCAGUCCCACUCGCUACAAGCCAAUGAUACCUUCAACAAACAGCAGUGGCUCAAUUGUAUCCGUCAAGCCAAAGAAACAGUUCUGUGUGCCGCUGGGCUGGGUGGGGUGCUUGACUCCGAGGGACCAUUCCUAAAUCCUGCCACCGGGAGCAGGGAGCCACAAGGGGAAACAAAACUUGAGCAGAUGGACCAAUCAGACAGUGAGUCAGACUGCAGUAUGGACACGAGUGAGGUCAGCCUUGACUGUGAGCGAAUGGAGCAGGCAGACUCUUCCUGGGGGAACACCAGGCCGGUGGAAAGCAACGUCUGACAGAAGGCUAUGUCCUUCCUGCAAGUAGCCCUGUGUCUUACCUGUACAGUAUUUGCAUUCCACACAUGGAACGGUUUGGAGAAGCACUUUUUAAUACUCUUGUGACUGUGUUGGCCGUCUCUUGUAUCUGUACCUUUGUCCCUAGUACUGUAACUGCCAAUCAAUUUGUCUUUGUCAGCUGAAAUCAGUGGCAGCCAUUACCCUGUACUGUAUCUUACACGUGUCUGCAUGGAUGGAGAGGUAUUUGAACAAGUUACUUUCAGUUGUCCUGCUGGAUUUUAAAAAUAGAAACAAAAGAAUCUCUAAACUACUGUUUUGCAUAGAUUGCUUGGCGAGUCCUUCCUCUCAUGCUUCCCUCUGGUGCGUUCCUAGCUCUUAGACAAGAUAGCAUUGUAUUUAAGAGCGCUUUGCAUCAGAGUAUUGGGAUGGCAUCUGGGGGAGAACCAGGAAAGGCCAGCCCUUCAAGUGAACUUGGUUCCAUGUUAUUCAACCAGAAAGCAUGAAAACAUCGCUGAGGAUUCUGAAGGCUUAAUUUUGCAAAGAAAGAAGCAUUAUUUGAACCUUGCAAUUUUAUCCAGUGCAAGUUUGGUUCAGUAACCUAUAAGGACAUGAAAUAGAAGCUGACUUUAGAAGGGCCAAGACAAAAGCAGCUGCCAGCUCUGAGUCUUUAACUGAAAUGUGCGUGGCUCUAAGAGAUGCCUGUCAUGGCCAGUGGCUUGCCAUAGAAAGCCAUUUCUAGCCUCCCAAUCAGAAUAGAACCCAGAGGGCCUGGGAAAACCUUCCAGGAUAACGAGAAAGCCCUCUGUCUUCAUUUUGUUUCAUCAGCCUAGGUCACUCAUAUUUUACAGUGUGAAUGAAGCAAUAGGAAAAGAGACUGUGUAUCAGUGACUCUGUUUACAAACACUUGAGAGGCUAGGCAUGGUGUACACACCUGCAAUCCUAGGACUGAGGAGGCAGAGGCAAAAGGAUGGAAAGUUGGAGGCCAGACUGGGCUACAUAGUGAAACCCUGUCUCAAAACAAAACAACAAUAACAACAACACAUGAGAGGAAGAAUUGGGAGUGAGAAGUACUUCACCCAGACUAUUAGAAGAGAAAAGCACGGGCCUUCUGGGAAAGAUUUCUCCGUGCUCUACUUUUCCGCCCUCAGUUUGUGUCUCUGGUUCUGUGCUAUAAUCAGAAACAUAAUCACAUUCUCCCAAGGCCAAUUUCAUUAACUGAUUAGGCUCAGCUAGCCAAACUGGUAACCUCUUUGUCCAGCCUUGAUUUACAGAGUAGGGUGGGGUGCAGACCUUUAAAAAAAAAAAAAGUUAACAAACUACAAGGAAAAGCUCCCUGCAAGUGUAAAUAUUUAGGAUGACCUGUGCAAAAUUAUACCCACACCAGCACUAGUAGUAAUGAUUCUAAAUUAUUGCCAAAAAAGUUUUUUUUUUAAAUCUGUGUCUUUCAAGUUUACAGAAAAGAACGCAGCAAAUACAAUGUUGUCAUUUUAUUAUGUACAUAUGUCAUGUGCAUUCAAAGAAGACGUGUGACAAGAUUUAUCAAUAUGAAAACAGGUAUAUUACAUUAUUAUUUUUCAAAAACAAAAAAAUGUUAUGGUCAGUUUUACCCUGUAAAACAUAUUUCUGUAUUUAUAGAUUUUAAACAUGGUGGGUUUUUUCUAUUAUAAGUUUAUUUAAAACUGCUUUGUUUCUCAAGUUGUUACUGAUUCAGCAAAUGAAUAAACCUGCUGCAGACAGAGCAGAGGCCACCUGAGGAGUCAUUUGAUGGUGAGGAAGAGGCGGAGUGAUCUUUGCAGAGCCAUUGGCCUCUUGCCAGUGGAUUAAGAAAAGAGCUUUGUGGAUGUCGGCCUAUGGGAAGAAAGUCAAUGAAUGUUUUGAUGAAAUGAAUGUUUUUGUAUAAUGGCCUUAAACUUUUCUG